AUGAGCUGUCGCUCCCCCUGCGGCGGCGGCGGCGGCGGGCGGACCGGGCGCUGAUCCUGUGCUCGCCUUCCUCCUGACUCCUGCCUGUUUCCUGGCUCCUGCUGCCUGCCGCGCGGGCCGGGCUGUCCGUCCGGCGGCCUGGUGGUACUAGCGGGGCGGAGAGGAUGAGCACGGCGGGACCGGGCGGCAGCAGCAGCACAAGCAGCAGCAGCGGCAUCAGCGCAAGCAGCAGCAUCAGCAGCCGCCGCCGCCGCGGCGGGGCCGGUCACUGAGCGAGGAGCCCCGCGGCGGACGCAGGGCAUGGAGCCCCAGCCCGGCGCCUCCCGCCCGGCCGCCGAGGAGGAGGAGGACGGCGGCGGCGGGUCCGGCGGGCAGCCGGAGGCGCUGUCGCUGGAGGAGAUCCUCCGGCUCUACAACCAGCCCAUCAACGAGGAGCAGGCGUGGGCCGUGUGUUACCAGUGCUGCGCCUCGCUGCGCGCCCGCCGCGGAGAGACCCCCGCCGCCAGGCUGGGGGCGGCGGCCGCGCACCUCCGCGUCUGGCGGGACGGCGCCGUCACCCUGGAGCGGGACGAGCCCGACCGGCCGCCCCCGCCCGCCGCAGAUAAAUCAGGCCGCUUACACUGCACAGAAAUGGAGGUUAUUGAAUCACUAGGGAUUAUUAUAUAUAAAGCCCUGGACUAUGGUUUGAAGGAAAAUGAGGAGAGGGAAUUAAGUCCUCCACUGGAGCAGCUUAUUGACUACAUGACUAAUGCCACAGAAACAGAUGGGAGUAGGGAUGAAGGAUAUGAUGCUCUGGAUGAAGGAGUGGAGGAUGACGAUGAUGACAAAGAGGAAGUCGAGGCCAUUCACUCCUAUAAAGAUGUCAUGAAGCUGUGUGCUGCCCACCUGCCAACCCGAUCGGAGGCGCCCAACCACUACCAAGCAGUGUGUCGGGCUCUGUUUGCCGAAACAAUGGAGCUCUACACUUUCCUGGCCAAAAUUAAAAGUGCAAAAGAGAACCUGAAGAAGAUUCAGGAAAUGGACAAAGAGGCAAGUGAUGAAUCCAGCACGGAUCUUGAUGAACUGAAAAAUGCUGACUGGGCCCGUUUUUGGGUGCAAGUGAUGAGAGAUUUACGGAAUGGUGUAAAACUUAAGAAAGUUCAAGAGCGUCAGUACAACCCACUGCCCAUAGAAUAUCAGCUCACACCCUAUGAGAUGCUGAUGGAUGAUAUCAGAUCCAAGCGCUAUACCUUAAGGAAGGUCAUGGUCAACGGUGACAUCCCACCUCGAUUAAAAAAGAGUGCCCAUGAAAUAAUCCUGGAUUUCAUCCGAUCGCGACCUCCAUUAAAUCCUGCCUCGGCAAGGAAACUGAAACCUACCCCGCCACGGCCCCGCAGCCUCCAUGAGAGGAUCCUGGAGGAGAUCAAGGCAGAGAGGAAGUUGCGUCCAGUCUCCCCUGAUGAGAUUAGGCGGAGCAGGCUGGCAAUACGGCCACUUAGCAUGUCUUACAGUUUUGACUUGUCAGAUGUACCAACGCCAGAGGCUGGAAGAAAAUUAGUGGAUGCCUCUGUAGUGAACGGUGGUCCAGCACCACAAGGAAAGCAGAAUGGGGCUACACAAGCGACAGUGCAACGCAAGAGGCUCCUUAAGGCUCCCACACUGGCUGAACUUGACAGCUCAGAUUCAGAGGAGGAAUCAGUGCACCAAUCAGGAAGUAGCAGCAGCAUCUCCCCCUCACAAGUGGAAGACCCCUCUCAAGAAGGCACCUGUAGCAGAAAGAUGCCUCCAAAGUUCUUGCCCAUAUCGUCUACGCCGCAGCCUGAGAGACGGCAGCCACCUCAGAGACGACACUCCAUUGAAAAGGAAACACCAACCAAUGUGAGACAGUUCCUACCCCCUUCAAAACAGAGCUCCAGGUCACUUGAGGAGUUCUGUUACCCUGUGGAAUGUCUGGCUCUGACAGUGGAGGAGGUCAUGCACAUCCGUCAGGUGCUCGUGAAGGCGGAGCUGGAGAAGUACCAGCAAUAUAAAGAUGUCUACACUGCUCUCAAGAAAGGAAAGCUCUGCUUUUGCUGUCGAACAAGAAGGUUUUCUUUCUUUACCUGGUCUUACACUUGUCAGUUCUGCAAGAGGCCUGUAUGCUCACAGUGUUGCAAAAAAAUGCGGCUGCCAUCAAAGCCAUACUCCACCCUCCCCAUCUUCUCCCUGGGACCUUCAACCUUGCAAAGGGGAGAAAGCUUCAUGAGGCCAGAGAAACCCUCUACCAGUCACCACCAUUCCCUGCGGAGCAGAUUGACCUCAAGGUCCAAGUCUGUGGAUAAGUCACACGAAGAGUUUCCCAAAGAAUUAAUGGAGGACUGGAGCACUAUGGAGGUUUGUGUGGACUGCAAGAAGUUCAUCUCAGAAAUCAUCAACUCAAGCCGGCGCAGCCUGUCUCUGGCCAACAAGCGAGCCAGGUUAAAAAGGAAAACGCAGUCCUUCUACAUGUCCUCAGCAGGAACCUCGGAGUACUGCCCCUCGGAAAGGACGAUCAAUGAGAUCUGAGCCAUGUGCCUUCUGCUUUGCUUCAUCUCCAUGAAGUCAUCAUCCAUCAGCGAGGUCACUGGAUCCAGAUUGUCACCCCGUUGCUUCGUUCCACUUGACUGGCUUGGCUUUGCGUUCGAUCACAGGAUUUCCUACUCCAGCAGCUCCCAGAGACACAGAGCGCUGUGUGUGGAUCUGUGCGGGGCGAUACACAACGGGUCAGCUGCUCCCACUGGGAGAAAAUCGAUAGUUUGAAAUGGUUGCCUCUUUUGUACACAUGCGUUGAAAUGAGAAAGCGUUUUCUCGCUUUCCAUCUGUUUUUAACCAUGCUUUGAAUCAUUUUUCAGGAGAUGAGCUGAGAUCAGGUGUCUGAUGGAGAACCAGACCUAGAACAGUGUCAGCGUUAGCACACUAGCAAACAGUAGGUCCUGCUGCAUUCCCACCCUCGGAGUGCUCAUGCCGUCAUUGAGGCAGCCAAGGGCUGCGUCGCACAGCAGGCACCCAGCGUGAGCCAAUCCAUCUUCCUUUGAGCCAUGUUGGUUGCUCUGAGAUCAGGGUUCAGCACAGGACUCUAGAGUGGCAGUGUCCUGGGGCAAAGCAGGUGACAAAGCUCUUCGCCCGUGUGGUCGGCCAUACCCCUGAGCUGCUGUACUUCUUAAGCCUUAGUGUCCUUCUGAGUGACUCCUGAGCAGGUUUUUAGUAGUUUACUUUCUAUCUUGAAUGUAUGAUAAUGACUACUAGUAGCAGUGAAUUUUCGUAGUAGACAAAGUUGUACAGUUUAUGGGGAGGAUGGGAAAUAAGGGAGGCUUCUAAUUUUAACUGAAUACCUGUAAAAUUCUUCUUGUGGUUACUCAGAGAAAGCAGUGAGGAAGGUGUAAAUUUGUAUUAUAAUGGAGCACACAGAUACUGCUAUAGUUCUGUCUGGCAGCAUAUCCACUAGUAACCCCAUUUUUUCUGGGGUUUAUAACUUGGCUGUAAAAAUUCGUGUUCUGCUGAAAUUCGGGACAGUGCUCUCUCAGAUUGGGAGCAAUCUCCAUUUUCCCUUUAAUCUUUUUUUCAUUCUUUCACCCUUUUUAAUUCACUCACAAGGGAGUGCUAGGCUAAUUGUUUAGAAGUUCCAACUAUUUUACAAUGCUAACUAACAUCUCAUGCUUUUUUGCACUUUUUUUAAUAUUCAAAAUACUUUUCUUUUUUUAAUUCAGUCAUAGCCAGAGUUUAGUCAAUAAUUUGGGCCAGAUCUUUUUGGUAUUUAAAAACAAGCUAACAUAGCCAAGUUAUUAAUACUUGAAAAUCAACUACUGUAACUUUUUUCAUGAAUUUUUUAAUACCCUGAGGCAUAUUUAAUAUCUAUAUAGCAGUGUAUUAUAGAAUGAGAUAGCAGAAAAGUUUCAGAUCUAUUUAUUAACAUUUCUAUUCUUCAAGUUAAUGAGAGAUACCUCAGAACUGCUCCAAAGUAGCUGGGACUGGACUUCCAUAAUAUAAUUUUAAAGAUGUAUUAAACAAAACAUCUUCCUCUGUCCAAAAAGCCCAAGAGACAAAUGCCCCUCUGCCCUGGCAAGGCACAGUGCCCAGGCUGGGAGGCACCAGGGCUGCUUGGCUCCCAUUUGGCAGCCUUUGGAGCAGCCAUCCAUAUCGGCUCUUUCAGGCUGAUUUGAAAAGCACAUGCAAAAGUCUCUGUAAACCUUUCCAGGGAGUCAGCCAUCCUUAUUUUUUUCUUAAAAGCUCCCUUGGAAAAUGAGAAUUUUUGCAUAUGUAGGGCUUAUUGAAAUAGUUUAUAUUUUUUUCUGAACCAAUGCAAACAGGAAAAGCAGGGCUCAGUGCUAACUCUCUCUCCUUGCUGUCCCAUUUAAGGUCAUGUGUCACAGCCCUGUCCUCAUGGUAUCUCUGGAAAAGUGUCUUGCAUGUUAAGGCACCUGGAGUACUGGCAUGGGAUAGGGAUGUAGGAUUGCAGGGGAGUAGCACAGGCUGGCUGGUGGGCAAGAUUCUGCUGCUGCUGGAAGGGUUGCCUGAUCUCAGUCAUAUCAGCACUUUUUCUUGUUUCUGUGCCAAAACCAGGCCGCGUGUUUGCUGCACAGUGCACCGGGGAACCAGAUAGAAACAAAUGCAGGAAAUCUCACUUUGCAUCUGCCCUGUUGUUGUCACAAUUUUUCAUGGAGAUGCCCCAGCCAUGUUACAGUUUCACAGUCCUCUGCUCACAGUCUGCUUCCCUGGUGUCCUCAAGCCACCGAGGUGUAGGGCAUCCAGCACAUUUAUUUUCCUCUUGGAGAGGGAUUUGGGAUGUUGUAGAGCAGGCAGGAUGAAGGACUAAGUAACUCCUGAGCGUGCGAAGGGAAACAAGUCUUUCAUGCCUGUGCCAUGUUCCACUCUGGCAGUGUCUGGGGUGGCUCUGGGGCAGUGGCAGAGCCUUGUGAUCCAGCCUGUGCCUUCCCAGAAUUUCCACAAGUCCUUGGCUCAGGACAGGCUCUGCUGUGCUGGGCAGGGCACAAACACUGAAAAACAAUGCAGUGGCUGUACAGAUGGCUCCUUGUUGCUCACACAGAGCUGCCAUGGGCCAGGGUCUGGAUAACCUUCCUUUUUCACUGGGAAAAACCCUCCAAGCUGCUGACACAUGCUGUGGCAGGCUCCAGAAGACACGCUGUGGAGGGCUGCCUCUCCCCUUCGCUCUAUCCCUUCCUCCCUGGCACGGUUGCUCCGCAUCAUCCCGGCAUUUCAUUCCACAAGCGGAGAAGCAGCGGGUUGGUUGGUCCGUCGCAGGAAGCCUGAAGGAGCUCAGCUCGCUGGUUGCCUGGCUCUGCAGAGGGGGCUAUUUUUAGCUCUCCAUCUCCUCCCUGCCUGCACCAGCAUCCCAAAUCCACUGCAGCCAUUGGCCCAGCACCCCGUGGUGCUGCCCUGCAUGUCCUAGUUACAGGCUGAACUUCACGUCAGCGUAGGAGGGGGAAAUCAGAAGCUUGUAAAUAUCUGUAAUAUAUUUAUUAAUAUUUAGGAAGUCUCCAUCAAUCAUGCAAUGGGAAUUGAUUUUCCCAUGAUGUUUUAAAAAGGAAAUGAGUCUUAUUUAUAUGUGUGUUGGCUGUUACCUUUUAUUAGAGUUAACGCUUUCAGCCCCCUAAUACAGUUUGCACAUCUUAGAGUGAAUUACUGCUGAAAAGAAUGCAGCACUAGCACAGUGAACUCCGUUCCACAAAUUUUAAAAUUAUUUUCUUCUGUUUUUUUUAGUUUUAUUAGUAUGCCCAAGGUUUGUUAAAAUAUAUCAUAGGAGACCCAAGGAGCUAAAAAUGCCUCUGGCAGCAUCAGUCUUGUUUUGUAUGUGAAUCUGGUUGUGGGGAAUGCAAAACCAGCUCUGCCUCAUGGCAGUGAUGGAAUAUGUGAGCAGGCUUUUGCUGCAGCUCUCAGACCUGAUCUUUCAAGUGUUCAUGGUGACAGUAGUGUUUUGAGGAGUUGUUGGGUUAUUUUUCCCUUUCUCCAUUACUUCCUUUAUACAGGGAGGGGUGUUACCUGGUAAAAAUAAAAUACCUUUCCAUUAUAACCCUUGUCUGUGUUAAUUAUUCAUGGGAAAGCUGAUUUAAAGGUUCUGUAUCUCUCUUUUUCAUGCUUUUAUAGUUUUCUAAGAUCAGUCAGAUGUUUCUUUUGGCUAAGAAUUGUUAACAAAAAUGAUUGCAUAACAGCUGAACACUGGCUGGGCUGCAUGAAGGAUGAAAACCUGUCGAAGUACCUUUAGAACAGCAAUAAAAACUGCUUGUGUAACCUCAGUGAUGUGAUUAGCUCCUUGUCAUCAUCUGCAGACAACUCCCUCUGCUACUAGUGUGCUGCUUCUUCCAACACUGGCAGGCUGUACCCGAGGCAGCACAUUUGUCCUGCGUGUAAUACAGGCUUUGGGAAAUCUCCAUCCCUUCCUCAUCAUUGGAAGAGAAAUUCUGACACUCUUACAUUCCCCAGUCUAGUUCAGCAUUAGCUUCCCUGGUUCAUUACUGGCUGCAUGCUCUAUAGGUUAAAACUUAUUUAGAACCUCCAGCUUUAAACUGCUGAUUGCUACCUUCCUGCUUUACUUCUUCUAGCAGCACUGCACAACUCUUAGGAAUAUCUGUCUUACAGCUCAGUCUCAUCUGUGAAACGGUGACACCACACAGGCAUGAGAGAAAGGUGUUGCAACUCUACACUCUGGUGCUACAGCACAUGGAUUACGUUCAUGUUAUUAGAAAAUUUUAUCCUCUUGCCAUGUUGAUAACUUGGAGCUGGUCUGGUUUAUUUCUUCUUUUGUAUAUGUGUAUCUUAAGGCCAGUCUGAGAAUGUUUAUGAAUUCCAAUUCCAGCUAUAGAAACCUCUUUUGUUCUUUCUGUCUGAUUUUUACUUCUGUGUUUCAGAUUUUUUGGGUACCUGAAAUUACUAUUCCCCAGAACUACCUUGUAGGAGAGCCAUGACAUUAGCUCAGCCUGAUGUGAUACACAGAGCACAGAACCCCUGUGCUGAGUGGCACAGAGCAGAGGCAGCCUGGGGCCUUCCCUGUUCCCUCACCUUGACAUGGAAAACUCCCAGAGCUGCCCACGCUGCUCAGCUGCCCUGGCACAAGCUGUGAACUGCUCUGUGUCCCAGAGUCCCCAGCUGCAAAAAGACACUUCAAAGUGGUUGCAAACUGUUUAAAGAAUUUUGAGAGCUGCUGCUGAAGAGCCGAGUGCUCAAUGUCAGACUGAAAGGAUCCUGCAGUCCAAGUUCCCAUCUGCUUUCAGUAUGUGAAAACAAUUAGCCCUAUUUCCAGGUGAAACGAAUUCCAGAGAGGUGAAACUUGCCAAUAUUCUGACAAGCAAAGACUUGUGAAUGAAUUUUUCUAUGGUAGGUCUGCACUCAACAAAUGUCAUGGGGCGUAAUCAGGAGAUGGAGCUAAACAGGCAUCAAAUUUUAUGCAGUAGUAGCUUAGUUUGUUUAUUUGCAAUAAAUCAAUUCAGUAACGUCCCAGUUUGUUCCCUGGUCAGGCUAUUUUGCAGUGGCAGUGCCUGGCUGAACCGAGUGUCAGAUGAGAGUAGCCCAGGCACUGUGUCCUGAGGUAACGGGAGCUGCUGCCGUAUGCAGAGGGCAGCAAGAUGGGGUGUGUAGAACACUUCUAGAUGUUUGGAUCAACCCUUUGGAACAGACCCUUCAGAACAGGCCUUACUAUAGCUAAUUUGAAAAUACACUUGUAAGCAGAUGGUCUUUAAGGUACCAGACUGUUACUGUAAACUGACAGCUGAAAAGGACCUGUUAGAUUAUUGAUAUAUUUGAUUUAAAAAAAAAACAACCCAUAAGAGCACUCAGUAUGAAAAAAAUAUUCUUGGUCCCACCGAUGCAGCUGAAGGUGCUUCCACUAAGCUUCAGGUCCUCUCUGCAUUUCUCUAACCAGUGACAGACGCCAGUGCUUAGAAAAGGGAGCCAACAUGCUUUGGGUUUUGCAAGACGGGCCCUGGGCCAGGCAGUGCAGCAUGGGAUUUUUUUAAACUGGAUUUCAGAAAUCUGGGUUCAGAAAUCUGCUAAAUUUAGAAUGAAAGGACAUGAACUUGAGUUGUUGUAAGUUCUGCAGGAGGCGGGCUCCCAAAUUUUGGUUGAAAUAAGCACCAGUUCAGCUGGCACAGAUCUCUAGAGAGGCAGCACUCUCAGGGCUCAGCUUUCAGGAGAGACAGAGCCCAAGGCCCAGCUUCAGCUGAGACAUUUAAGGAGGGCAUGUUCCCAUUGAAGGGCUGGUGUUUUCACUACCUGUGAAUCAAAAGCAAAAGGAAGAUAAUGAGAAGGGGUUUUGAGCUGUAUUUCCUUUAAAGUUGGUUCCGUCUCCCUCACACCCUUCUUUAAUAAAGAAAAAAAAAUUCCCAAACAGGAGGUGCACUUUUUGGACGUGAACAGGCCUAAAGCACAAACCCUUCCCCUUCGAGCUUCCCCUGCUUCUGUGCUGUCACUGUGCAUGUAUGGUCUGCGCAUCUUCAGGGACACCAGGGGCAUCAGCUCUAACAGCAAAAGGCCACAGAAUUGUCUUCUGCUUGUUUCCAUGUUAUGUGGUACUGAAAUGCAAUUCCUUGUUCAUGCGUUAUUAAUUAAAAGCUCUUUAAAAU